AUGGCGUCCGUCACAUGUCGUGGCGAGCUUCACAUGAGAAGUGCGCCUGCAGGGUCCGUCCAGCCUGGCUUGAACAUCCCACUCAAAGGCCCGCAGACGACCGUCACCGAACUCGCGGACUUUUCUAAACUCACGACAGGCGAGAGCAUCGAGAAAUGCCUCUCGCCCACCGAGUCUGCCAUUUUGUCCGCACCAUCGUCGCCCAAGAUGGAGAUGGAGACAGAGACACCCCGGGUGAAGAGGGCUACUACAAGAAGCCCUGAUUCAUCCACGCACUCGGGCCCGCAAACCGCGUCGAGGCCCACGUCGGCCGCCAACUCGAUCCAUCAUCACUCUCGAUCGAACUCGCGCAGCACGGCCCGGUCCCGACCACCCAGUCGACACAGCUCUCUCCACUCGUCUCAACGGGCCGUCGCCAACCCCAGCAUCGUGCCAGUGCCCUCGUCGCGAUCCACCCCCGCCGACAAACGCGAGUCACUGUUGGCCUUACACCGGGAAUCAUGUCGUCUCUUCCAGGAGCAAGAACCACCCUCCAAAUACUCCACCGACGAGCCUCGCCCCGCUCUCUACCGCGCACCCUCCACAAUCUAUAAAACCAGACGAGACGCCCGCACGUCCUCCGAGAUAGGCAACUCGGCGCCCUCAUCCCCUAUCAGCUCCUCUCCCUCGACCCGUCGCUUCGACCCCGAGUAUCCGAACCGCGGCUCCGUGAGCUCCACGACCGCACCGCACUUCCUCCAAGCCCGGGACCGCUCCCACACCAUGCCUGGCAGCGGUGCCAGCCAUAGCUACAGCCACGCCCACACCCACACCCACACCCACGCUCACAGUCCCUCCGCUUCCUCCAUCCAUGUCCCAGCAACCGUCAUGGAGUGGACCUCGCCCUCGACCCGGCGGCUCGAGUACGAGAAAAUCGACCGCGCCAGCCGCGGCGUGCGUGGGUUGUGGCGGCGUGUCGCACCGCGCUGGUGCCAGAAGCGGGACUCGCGCACGCCUUUCUUCGAAGAGGGCAAGACCGGCCGGGAGGGCAGUGUGCGCCGGUUCCGGAUGGAUCUACCGGACGAGAGCGAAGAGCCGAAGCGGCAGGGGCAGGCGUUCGAUCUCGGGGGGAAGGGUGGGAAUGAGCGUCGGGCUGGCCGGUCGAAGACUUCGCCUUGA